UUCCGCUGAUUUGUUUUUCUUUACUGGAUAAGGAUAGCUUUCCCAGAGUUAAUUUUAACGGAGUGAACGGUGUCCUUUUAAAACAAACACCACUCGAUUCAAAACACCGAUCACAUCUAGUGUGAAUGGCCCGUCUUCUGCCUGAUCUCGCCUCCUUCCUGUCCUCUGUUCUCCCCCGCGGCUUUGCAUUGGGCCCUUCGCUGCUGCGUGAAGGCAGCGUGGGGCUUUGGUGGGUCGGUCGCCCGCUGGAGGCCGGAGCCCCGCUGGGGACGGAGGGCGACGCACAGCGGGUCGCCAGGACGGGUUCAGACCUGCUGAGCAAUUCCUCUGAAAACGACCAAUCAGGAGCUGCUUGUUCUGAGGAUGAGAAGGCACUGAUGGGGGGAUCAACCACUCAGGAAGCUCCUGUACAAAGAGCCACAUGGUUCAACUUUGCCUGUCAGGCGCAGUGCAGGGCCCAGCAGAACGUGGCGGUGCGGUGCGCCUGCAGAGGGGUGUGUGACGACGCGUGUGUGGGUGUGUGUGUGCGCUCGUGUCAGGAUAUCCAUCCGGGAACGGAGCUGCUGGUGUUCGAUGAGGCGGUGGGAAAAGGUCAGCCAGAUACGAACAUGAAGCAGGAGCCAGAGAGCAACAAAAUAAACACGCUGGGAGAGGAAAAGCUCAAAGAGAAGAAGAAAACUCUACAGGAUGAGGAAGAUCAUCGCAGACAGAACCCCAGUGUCAUCAAGCCUCGUCCUUCCCCUCAGAGGAAGACCAGGAGGAGGAAAACCGUCUCAUGUGAGCCGAACUCAGACCGUGAGAAAGAGCAGGACAGGUUGACAGACAAACCAAACCUUCCUGCUCCUCCGCCUAUUCGCUCCAGCUCCCGUCUGGCUGCUAAACCGCGGCUGUUUCACUGCAUGUCCACCGGAUCGAGGCGCCAUCCUGCGUCCGACUCGUCCAAACUGACCGAGGGACAAAGCAAAGACUCGGCCAAGGCGCCCGAGGUUUCCCCGGCCGCCGGGUGGCAGCCAGAGGUCAGAGAGAGACGGUACCGGUGCUCCAGCUGCGGGAAAAGGUUCUAUCAGCUCGGUCACCUCCGGAAACACCAGUUCAGCCACACAGAUGAGAAACCCUUCCGCUGUCGAGACUGUGGGAAAAACUAUACCUCAUCGGAAAGUUUCAGAGCCCAUCAGUUGAGUCACAAAGGCGAGCGGCCAUUUUCCUGUCCUCACUGUGAAAAGACGUACGGCCUGAAGCGGGAUCUGAAGGAGCACCUGGUCCUGCACACCGGAGAGAAACCCUACACCUGUGAGAACUGUGGGAAAUCCUUCGCACGACGCCCCUCGCUGCGCGUCCACCGCCUGCUGCACUGCAGCAGGAAGGUCUACAUGCUGUCGCCAAAGGUGCAGUGCUCCGUCUGCUCCAAGCAGCUGGCCAACCCCAAUUCCCUGAGGAACCACAUGAAGCUGCACACCGGAGAGAAGCCACACAUCUGCCAGCACUGCGGGAAGCGCUUCAGUCAGAAAGGGAACCUGGAGAGCCAUCUGAGGGUUCACAGCGGGGAGAAACCAUUUCACUGCCCUGAGUGCCUGCAGACUUUCACUCAGAAGUCGGAUCUCCAGCGGCACAUGUUCACCCACACUGAGGGAGGAUUUCUUUGUAGCUACUGUGGGAAAUCUCUGAGGGACCCCCACAGUCUGAGAUACCAUGAGCGGCUGCACACCGGAGAGAGACCCCAUCGCUGCUCAAUCUGUGGCAAAGGCUACACGAUGGCGACCAAACUGAGGAGACACAUGAGGUCUUCCCACCUGAAGGAGAAACCCUACAGUUGCUCCUGCGGCGCCUCGUACACCUUGAAGCAGAGUCUGCUUCGGCACGAGGCUCAGCACCGGCCCAAGACAGAGGAACUGAGCAAAGCAGGCGCAGAGGAACCGGUGGCUUCGGGCUGCAGCCACCUGAAACCGACCCGAGGAAGACCAAGGAAGACUGGGCUUCAUCUGGAGACCAGAGGAAAGGAUGAAGCACGGGAAAAAGACGAGAAAACUAUGAAAACAUCAGAGGCUGCAGGCGACAUCCAGCACACCGUCAUUUACGUCCACACAGACGAGCCGCCUGCAGGAGCGCAGCCGGAGCUGGUGGAGGUGGUGCUGCCCGACGGCGCGGAGCAAUGCAUUCUGGUCCAGGGGCAGCAGCAGCUAGGAGAGCUGCUGAUCCUGCAGGAGGAGCCGGACGGACUCUGCAGCGUGGCGGAGACUGUUGAGAUAGACACGGUGUAACCCGAAGCCGGAGGACGCCGACGAUCAGUCAGGUUCUCUUUUUCAGGUCGACCAGGAUUCAGCCUGCAGCUUCGGGGGGAUUUAGACGCAGACGAUCCACGAUGCUUCGCCGCAGACGGAGGGUUUCAUUACCGCUGCUGAACACUUCCCUGCAGAGGUGAAGCCAAAUGGCCUCUUUAAUUCUCACCUCAGCAGUUUCUGCUCCUAAUCCGCUCUUCUCCCGAUCAGGAGGAACAGCCUGGCGCCACACAAUAAUUCAUUCAUGCCUCCGAAUUACUGCAACUUCAGAAAAUAUGUCCAACAGGACAUCCUGGGUUCAGAGUCUCACUGCUGGAAAUACACGUAAACAUCAAUGCCUUCACUUUCUGACCGGAGGCCACCAGGGGUGUUCAGAGUGCGGCUGAGGGGCCAUUUGUGGCCCCUGGACUGAUUUUGUGUGGUCCCAAGUGCAAUUUAGGAAAAACACAAAUCUGGCCCGACAGUAGUGGAAGUUACAUAUUCAUAGGGAAUAUGGGUGAUAUUCUAAUUUUCUUUUGCAUUAAGUCGUAAUAAAUUUAGCAUUUUCUGCAAAAUAAACUUCAAAUUAUUGCAGAAUUUUAAUGUUUUAAGACCAGGUUCCACCAACUCAACUUUAAGACUUUUUAAGACAAUUAUUUAUGGAAUUUAAGACCUGUGUCACAACAAAAUUGUACAAAGGAAUAUUGCAAAAUACGUGGGAUUUCUGCAGGUUUUGCUAACUCAGAUAUGAGACUUUUAAAACCUUCACUUUCUGUGGAUGCUUAAAAAUAAUUUACUUUGGCACACAAAUAUUUUUUAUUCAAAGAUUUUGGCCCUGUCAUGUACGGUGUAGGUGGUGAGGUAGACGCAGAUGAACCAGGGGAGACGAUAGAUAGUUGUUUUAAUAAUAAAUAAACGUCAAAAACAGUCCAAAAACACAGGCAGCACGACUGAGCGGAAGCCAGGGCUCAACGCCGGCAGCAGCUGGUUUAACUAAUGGACACACGAAGGACUAAGAGCACGUUAGACUAGGGCCCGACAAAGACACAGACACACAGGUGACACUAAAUACACAGGAGGUAAUCAGGGAAUGAGAAACACCUGGGAGU